AUGAGCCGAAUGGCACGCAACUGGUGUCCGCGCAGCACCCUGCCGCUGCUACCGUUACUGGUCGAAGUGGACGGCUCCUCGGCCAAUGAGUCCCACAUCAACACCGAGCUGAAGAACGAACCCAUGACCUGGCAGCAAGAGAAGGACUUCAAGCGUUCUCCUGGCCUCAAUAAACCUCAGUCUGGACGUCCUCACUGGCAGUCGUUGCCUUUCGAAGAACUCCCCGCAGUACAUGUCGGUGCCGACAAUAGCUGGGUAGCUCAACAAGCAGAACUCUCCCUUCCGACUCACCUACCUGAGUUGCACAUUAACAACGCGAUCAAAAAACAGAAGCCACCAUACAAGCGGCGCUCCCGCAACAAGAAGAAGAAAACUGGAGACGGCGAAAUGAUUGGACCACCUGACAGUACGGCAAGGGUCUAUGUCCCCCCUCAUCUGCGCAAUCGCAGCUUUGUCGACGCUGGAAAGGCAGACUCUGCUCACAGUAGCGGUGUUGCUGUCAGCGCAUCACCUACUGCAUCCAACACCAUCAUCAGCAAGACUGAUCCUGUCCCUAACGGUGUAGCUCAUCAGUACCAGUCCCCAUCCUCAUCAGCAAAGACCUCGCACGAUCUCACACAAGACGAGAAGCGCGAAUCCGCGAUGCCUGAGCCAGUCGUUUACGUUGGUUGGGACGAGCCCAAGGAAGACCCUCCAAUUGCGAAGAAGAACCCCGGAAACCCACGAUGGGCUCGAGGCCCACAGCCAUACAAGAAGACAGUUUGGCCCAAAGCGAAAGAUAUGAAGUACACACCUUCUAGCAGCAACAGCGACGGCGGCGUUGACUUCAAGUCUAAUAGCGACGGAGACCCACACUACGACAUCAAGAAGCUGGUAGACUGGAACGGCGAUUGGUUGCCUCCUGAGAUGUGGUCCGCCCGCAAGGGCUACACGGAUCGCCAUUUUGGUGCGCACAUAGAGCAAUGGUGUAACACACAUCCUCCGGAUUUCAACAACGGAGUCACUCCCUACUUCCCACCCGAUACAUUUAUCCAGGGUAAAGAGUUGGCACCUCGUUACUGGCUCGAGGUGAAGGUGGGCGGUGAAAGUCUCAGAGACUUCUGGAAAGGUCUCGUAAAUCCAGAGAAAGAGCCGAAGCCCCUAGAUGUGAACGACCUCACUGACUACAUGCCCUGGUGGGAGCUAUAUGAGGACGUGGUUUACACAGAGACCAUGAAUGAUGAUGAGAGCCACAACCAGAAAAUGGUCACCCAUCCCACUAGCUACCUCCGCGCCCUAGACGUGCCAGAUGCCAGAGUUAACUUCAAUGAUCCUGAAUACCCAUCGGCAUCUUGGAUGCUGGCUUCUGCACAAGAAAAGGUUGAAGAGAAGAACAAACGCACAGCGGAAAAAUAUCGCAAGUUGAUGGCGAAGCGGAGUCGUCCCGUUCCAGAGUCGAAGUACCCUACUCCGCAAAUGGCAGACCGCCGGCUGCAUCCCGAAGCAAACAUGUACAUCCGACCAGUGAAGUCGGCCGAUGUUGAGGGCAUUUCGGAGAUCUACAAUUACUAUAUCAAAAACACUGUUUUCGCGACUGAGUUUGAUGAACGUACCGUAGUCCAGAUGGCUCAACGAAUCUCUGAUAUUGUGAACGCUGGUCUUCCAUACUUGGUAGCAGUCUCCAAGAGCAACCGAUCCAGGGCUAAUCCAGGAUGUGUUAGCGAGAAGAUAGCUGGAUUUGUCAAUCUGGACGACUAUUGCGGUCAGUCAAGCUCAUACCGUUAUACGUUUGAGAUGGAGUUGUUCGUCCACCCAGGGUUCGUUUCUAAGGGAAUCGGCAAAUGCCUCGUGGAUAGACUCCUCGAGAUGGUUGAUACCAGCUACCGCGCCCGUGGUGGAUAUGAGUACGUCAACGAUGAUACAUACCUCAAGACUGGACCUGCGAGGGUCAUAAAGACCAUUUUACUUAAGGUCCAACACGAGAAUGGCGAGGACUUGGAAGCUGAUUGGCGAGGCAAAUUCCUGAACACCUGCAAGUUCUUCCGCGUUGGUCGAUUCCCGAAAGUAGGCUACAAGAACGACAAGGUCCUGGACACUUCGAUCUUUGCGCACCAGACCAAGGAGGACAUCGAUCCAAGCGCUCGUCCCACUGUCGCUGGCUGA